AUGGGAUUCGCAAAAGACUACAAAAAAGGGGUUCUAAAUAUAAAACACGAGCUUCUGUUGGUUAUUGCAAGAUCCUUCAAAAACUGUUAUGUAGGUGAAUGUGAUGCUGAAUUGACUAUAUCCAAGAUUGAAUGGCAGGUUCAACACAUCGUUCCGGAAGAUCGUUACAAAGUCAAGCUUCUGCAAAGGUUGAAUAAACAUGUGAGCUCAAGGAUCAAGGUAGCAUUUCGAUCUUGGGAUCUCUAUGAGCUUCCAUCUCUUCGUUCUACAUCAUCGGAUGUUUGGGCAAUUAGAACAACCAGUAAACUAGAGAGUCCUCUAUUCGUUAUCAUUGGAUUUCAAGAUUCUACAGUUGAAGAAAAUCAUUGGAUGGAUAUAACGAAAUUCAUAAAUGCCGACGUUAACUUGAUAAGUUUGAAGUUGGAAAAAAGGCUGAACACCGCAGCUUAUUAUGCAUUUGAGAACUUUCAAAGAACAUACUACAACAGGAACUUUCCUGAAUCUAUUAUAUAUAUUAAAGAAUUUAAUGACAAUCCGCUUUUCGUUAUUGAUUGCAGUCAUCAGCCUGAUCAUCUCCAACUUUCAACUGUAGAUAUAUCUUUGGAAUUUGAGACCAGGAAAUCUGCAUUUCCAUUCCACACCAAGGUGUAUGCAUUAGUUAUUCAUGACUUAUGCAUCAGUUACAAUGCUUUUGAUGGGUCUAUCCAAAAUGGACUUAUUCAUUCCUAUUAA